GGCAUAUACCCUGACUGGGGAUCAAACCUGCAACCUAUUGGUUUGGACAAUGCCAAACCACUGAGCCAAACUGACCAGGUGUCAGAGGGAACACUUUUAAAAUUCAGACACAGCAGGCGUGUGUGUCAGAGCCUGUGUCUCAUGUCCUCUCUGUCCUUUGCCACUCCUGUCUCCCCAGGUUGCUUGGACUGGCUCAGAAGGAGCAGGAGAAAAUGACCAAGUUCCAGGAGGCUGUGACAUUCAAGGACGUGGCUGUGGUCUUCACAGAGGAGGAGCUGGGGCUGCUGGACCCUUCCCAAAGGAUGCUGUACCGAGAAGUGACCCUGGAGAACCUCAGGAAUCUGGUCUCUGUGGGACACUGGAACCAAAAUAAGGUAGAGAGUCUUCAAGAAGUUGCAUUAAGGUACCUUUUACAUGAAGACCUUGUGUGCUGGCAAAUAUGGGACCAACUUCUGAGUAAGUUAUCUGGAAAUCAAGACUUGAUAAUAAGCCUGCGAGGCAAGAAGUUGCAUUUGCCAAAACAAGGUGAUUCCUCCUGUCAGUUGUGUGCAGGAGAAUCUACUCAGAUUUCAGAAGUGGAGAAAGAUGUAAUAAAACUUCAGUGGGAAUUUCAGAGUUUCAAUAGUAUGAAAAAAGACUUUCCCAUGAAGACCAUCCACAAUUGCCAGAAGAAAGUGUAUCUGAGAGAGACACAGAAUGAUCAGAGUAGUUCUCAGCAUGGUGACCACAAAUGUAAACUGUGUGAGUGUGAGCACUGUGUCAGGAGAAGGACCUCUGGUCUCCACAGUGAUGACCAGGAAGUGCAGGAAGGCAAGACAUCUUAUAGCCACAAGAAUUGCCUGAAAGACUUUGUGAAGCCAUCAUUCCAGCAAAAUGUAAUCCACUCAGAAGAGCAUACUUCUCCUGAAAAUGGAAAAGGCCUUAGCCCCAGACUUGAGCUUCAUCAGCAAUUGCACCUGGGAGCAAAAUCUCAUAUAUAUAGUGAGUUUGGGGAGUGUGAGAGUUUUAGCUCAGAGGUCUGCACUCAUCAAGGUGUUCACAUACAAGAGAAAUGCAAAAGGAGUGAUGAGUGUGGUCAGGAUGUUAGUCAAAGUUCUCAUCAUGAAAUUCAUCGAGUCUACACUGGAGAGAAACACUAUAAAUAUGUCCUGUGUGGGAAAAGCAUGAGUCAGAAUUCAUGUCUUCACUAUCAUCAGCAAGUUCACCUUGGACAGGAACCCUACAAAUGUGCUGUGGGUGGGAAGAGCCUCAGUCAGACCUGCAGUCUUCAAUCUCACCAGCGACUCCACAGUGGAGAGAAAAUCAAGAAAUGUGAUGAGUGUGGGAAGAGCUUCAAUCGGAGUUCAAAACUUCAAAUUCAUCAGCGAGUCCACACUGGAGAGAAACCUUACAAAUGUGCAGUGUGCGGGAAGAGCUUCAGUUAUACCUCUGGUCUUCAAGCUCAUCGGCGACUGCACACUGGAGAGAAACCCUACAAAUGUGCUGUGUGUGGGAAGAGCUUCAAUUAUACUUCCAGUCUUCACACUCAUCAGCGAGUCCACACGGGAGAAGAACGCUACAAAUGUGGUGUGUGCGGCAAGAACUUCAGUCGGAGUUCAUAUCUUCAAGAUCAUCAGCGAGUUCACACUGGACAGGAACCUUACAAAUGUGUCAUGUGUGGGAAGAGCUUCAGUUUGAUGUGCAGUCUUCAAGCUCAUCAGCAAGUCCACUCUGGAGAGAAACCCUAUAAAUGUGCUGUGUGUGGGAAGAGUUUCGCUCGGAGUUCAAACCUUCAAGCUCAUCGGCGACUGCACACUGGAGAGAAACCCUACAAAUGUGCUGUGUGUGGGAAGAGCUUCAGUUAUACCUCCGGCCUUCACACUCAUCAGCGACUCCACACAGGAGAAGAACGCUACAAAUGUGGUGUGUGUGGGAAGAACUUCAGUCGGAGUUCAUAUCUUCAAGAUCAUCAGCGAGUUCACACUGGACAGGAACCUUACAAAUGUGUCGUGUGUGGGAAGAGAUUCAGUCAGACGUCCAGUCUUCAAGCUCAUCAGCAAGUCCAUGUUGGAGAGAAACCCUGGAAAUGUGCUGUGUGUGGGAAGAGUUUCAGUCGAAGUUCAUACCUUCAAGUUCAUCAGCGAAACCACACCGGAGAGAAACCCUACAAAUGUGCUGUGUGUGGAAAGAACUUCAGUCAUACCUCCAGUCUUAAACAUCAUCAGAGACUCCACAGUGGAGAGAAAAUCAACAAAUGUUCUGAGUGUGGGAAGAGCUUCAGUUAUAUCUCCACUCUUCAAAUUCACAUGCGAGUUCACACUGGAGAGAAACCCUACAAAUGUACUGUGUGUGGGAAGUGCUUUAGUCGGAGUUCACAUCUUCAAGAUCAUCACCGAGUGCACACUGGAGAGAAACCCUACAAAUGUACUGUGUGUGGGAAGAACUUCAGUCGGAGUUCAUAUCUUCAAGAUCAUCACCGAGUUCACACUGGACAGGAAGCUUACAAAUGUGCCAUGUGUGGGAAGAGUUUUAGUCAGACAUCCAGUCUUCAAGCUCAUCAGCGAGUCCACACUGGAGAAAAACCCUAUAAAUGUGCUGUGUGUGGGAAGAGCUUCAGAUGGUGUAAAGAUCUUCAAGUUCAUCAGCGAGCCCACACUGGAGAGAAACCCUAUAAAUGUGCUGUGUGUGGGAAGAGUUUCAGUAGGCGUUCAUAUCUUCAGGAUCAUCACCGUGUCCACACUGGAGAGAAACCCUACAAAUGUGCUGUUUGUGGGAAGAGCUUCAGUAGGAAGCCAGAUCUUAAAGUUCAUGAGCGAAUUCACACUGGAGAGAAACCCUACGAAUGUCCUGUGUGUGGGAAGAGCUUCAGUCAGAGCUCCGGUCUUCAAGUUCAUCAGCGUGUCCACACUGCUGAGAAACCCUACAAAUGUUCUGUGUGUGGGAAGAGCUUCAGUCACAAUUCUGGACUUCAAGUUCAUCAGCGAAUACACACUGGAGAGAAACCUUAUAAAUGCGAUUUGUGUGGGAUGAGGUUUAUUCGUAUGUCCAGUCUUCAAGCUCAUCAGGGAGUCCACACUGGAGAGAAACCCCACAAAUGUGCUGUGUGUGGGAAGAGCUUCAGUCGGAAUUCAUAUCUUCAAGUUCAUCAGCGACUUCACACUGGAGAGAAACUCUACAAAUGUGAGGUGUGUGGGAAGAGCUUCACUCAGAGUUCCUAUCUUCAAGGUCAUCAGAGAGUCCACACUGGAGAGAAACCCUACAAAUGUGCUGUGUGUGGGAAGAGCUUCAGUCGGAGUUCACAUCUUCAAGUUCAUCACCAGGUUCACACUGGAGAGAAACCCUAAAAAUGUGCUGUGUGUGGGAAGAGCUUUAGCAGAAGGUCAGACCUUAAAGUUCAUCAGCAAGUUCACACUGGAGAGCAACCCUACGAAUGUGCUGUGUGGGAAGAGCUUCAGUCAGAGUUCACAUCUUAAUGUUCAUCAGUGUGUCCACACUGGAAAGAAACCCUGCAAAUGGGCUUUGUUUGGUAAGAUCUUCAAUUGGACCCCAGGACUUCAAGCUGAUCAGGUCAUCCACAUAUAAAAAAACUGUAUAAGUGUAGCAUAACUGGUAAAAUCUUCAGCCAGUUUUCAAGUCUUCAAGGUGAUCGUAGAGUCCACAAUGGGCAGAAACUUUACAAGUGUUUUAGUUCCAGUAAAGCCUUUAAUAAGACUUGUAGCUGCAGGUUCGUGAGAGAGUACAUAAUAUUGGGAAGCUCGUCACACCUGAUCAGUGUGUGAUAAAAGUGUUCUUCAGAACUUGGACUUUUAAAUGUCAUUAGAAAACGUUCAUAGAAAGAAAAGAGCUAUGAUCGCUUAUACCCAAAAUGUACUUUCUUCCGAGGAAUUGCAGUUGUGUGGAUGUGGGUAGACUUUUUACAGUGGGACGAGUUAUUCCAGCAUUUUUACCUGCAUGUUCUGAGUCAGUCAGGCACAUCAGUCCUGUCAGCUGAACCUGCCUUAGGCACUUAACCUUUUGUGGCUCAGGUGUGCCAAGACAAAAAAAAAAAGGCCCAAAUGGAAAAACAGAUCAAAACCCCAGAACAAAUACAACGAAGCGACCAAGAGAUAGCCAACCUAUCAGAUGCACAGUUCAAAACACUGGUAAUCAGGAUAGUCACAUAAUUAGUUGAAUUUGGAUGCGAAUUAGAUGA